GAGCGAACGCACCACGUGCUCCUCCAUGUGUACGGCAUGGCGAACUGGACGCAGGAAGACGGAGCUCCGAAACCCGUCACGAACCCCGCGGAUGUGUCGACGGUAGCGCAGAUAUCCAGUGGAAGUGUCGCCGGCGGAGUCUCCGCGCCGGUUCCGUGUCUCAUCCCGUCGUUCGCGGACGCGGUGAAGCUGCUGAGCGCGCGGUACUCGUGUCUCGUGCUGGACUCGCACCGCAGACACAUCGCGCUGCCGCCGCAGUACCUGCGGAAGAAACGCACCGGUAUACAGGAGGAACUCAACGCCGAGCUGCUCAAAUUCUCCAGCAGUCUGAAAGGUGUUCCUAUGGCAUAUGACAGCAUUAAAGUCGUAGGACAGCAUGGAGAUAUUCAUGACGAUCAAGGGUUCAUUCACUUCAACAUCGAGGCGUCGUUCGUAGUCUUCAAACCAAAGAAAGGAUCGAAGCUCGUGGGUGUGAUUAAUAAAAUGGGAGUGGGUCACGUGGGCUGUCUGGUUCACGGCUGCUUUAACGCGUCGGUGGUGAAGCCCAGUCUGCUGAGCUCAGAGCAGUGGAGGGACUCUGGACUGAGUGUCGGACAAAACCUGGAGUUUGAGGUCUUCCAGCUGGACGCCGAUACUGCAGGAGUUCUGCUGAUCCGAGGACGGCUGGAGAAGUCCAGAGUGCAAGAGCUUGUGGCCCAAACCGAACACAAGGAAUCAAUGGUAGAAUUAACUACAGAACCAGAAUCCACAGAAGACACAAUCGACAGCCCGAAACCCAAGAAGAAAGACAAGCAUGAGAAAGAGUCUCAGAACGACAGAGGCCUGGAGCUAACGUCAGAAAACCACCAAACCGCCGCAGACACGGCAGAGAUAGACUCCAAUGCAAACGGACAUCACAAAGAGAAGAAGAGGAAGAAGAAAGACAAACGAGCAGAGAUGGACUCCAAUGCAAACGGACAUCACAAAGAGAAGAAGAGGAAGAAGAAAGACAAACGACAGGAGUCGGAUGAGAUCUUGCCCUCCGAGCUCUCGACGAGCGACUCCAGCAGAUACGUGAGCGAUAAAACCAGCAGAAAGAGAGCGGCCGAGAGCAACGACGGCCUGCAGGACGCGCCCGCCGCCAAAAAGAAGAAAAAGAGCAAGUGAUUUCACUCACAGACUGUUUCAUGAACUAUAAGCGAUGAGCCCGAUGUGACAG